GUUAAGAUAUGUCCGAAUUUUGAAAAUUUUGUAAAGGAUAAGGAACUGUACGACCAUAGCCAGUUAGGGGAAAAUACCACGGUAGACCAAAAAGUCAGCGUUAGCUAAGUGAAAUAGCGAAUUCAGUUGUUUUAAAUUAUUUUAAGAUUGGUAAUUAACGUUGAGGUUAGCAAUCUUUUUAGAGAAUGGCAGCUACAGACGGACCAUUUAAGAGCCUGUUUGAGAACAAGGCCAUCAGCAAACCCAAGAAGGAUGACAAGCGUAUGUCGGUGGAGCGGAUCUACCAGAAGAAGACUCAGCUGGAGCACAUUCUGCUCCGGCCGGACACGUACGUCGGCUCCGUGGAGCCACUCACACAGCAAAUGUGGGUGUUUGACGAGUUGGAUGGGAUGAACUGCAGAGAUAUCACCUAUGUCCCUGGCCUCUACAAGAUCUUUGAUGAGAUCCUGGUAAAUGCUGCUGAUAACAAGCAGAGAGACAAGACCAUGAACUGCAUCAAGAUCACCAUCGACUCUGAGAACAACAGCAUCAGCGUCUGGAACAAUGGCAAGGGCAUCCCCGUGGUGGAGCACAAGGUGGAGAAGGUCUACGUGCCCGCCCUCAUCUUCGGACAGCUCCUCACCUCCAGUAACUAUGACGACGACCAGAAGAAGGUCACAGGUGGUCGUAACGGAUUCGGAGCAAAGCUCUGCAACAUCUUCAGCACCAAGUUCACCGUGGAAACUGCCUGCAGGGAGUCCAAGCAGUCCUUCAAGCAGACCUGGUCCAAUAACAUGGGUCGAGCAGGAGAGUCCAAGAUCAAGCCGUUUGACGGCGACGACUUCACCUGCAUCACGUUCCAGCCGGACCUGUCCAAGUUUAAGAUGCAGGCUCUGGACCGGGACACCGUGGCUCUCAUGACCCGCCGGGCCUAUGACAUCGCUGGGGCCAGCAAGGGAGUCAAGGUGUUCCUCAACGGCAAAAAGCUCCCGGUGACGGGCUUCCGCAACUAUGUGGAUCUGUACCUGAAGGACCGCACAGACGAGACGGGCGCUCCACUCACCGUGGUGCACGAGGUGGUCAACGACCGCUGGGAGGUCUGCCUCACCAUGAGUGAGAAGGGCUUCCAGCAAGUCAGCUUUGUCAACAGCAUCGCCACCACCAAGGGUGGAAGGCACACGGACCAUGUGGCCGACCAGGUGGUGUCCAAACUCAUCGAGGUGGUGAAGAAGAGGAACAAGGCUGGAGUGGCCGUCAAGCCCUUCCAGGUGAAGAACCACAUCUGGCUGUUUGUGAACUGUCUGAUUGAGAACCCGAGCUUUGACUCUCAGACCAAAGAGAACAUGACUCUGCAGCAGAAGAGCUUUGGUUCCACCUGUACCCUCGGUGAUAAGUUCAUCAAGCAGGCGACUAACUGUGGUAUCGUGGACAGUGUGAUGAACUGGGUGAAGUUUAAGGCCCAGACGCAGCUCAAUAAGAAGUGCUCUGCCGUCAAGCACACCAAGAUCAAGGGGGUGCCCAAGCUGGACGACGCCAACGACGCAGGUGGGAAGAACUCCAACGGCUGCACGCUCAUCCUGACUGAGGGAGACUCGGCCAAGACUUUGGCCGUGUCUGGACUGGGCGUGGUCGGCCGAGAUCGCUACGGAGUCUUCCCCCUCCGCGGAAAGAUGCUCAAUGUCCGGGAGGCCACACACAAACAGAUCAUGGAAAACGCUGAGAUCAACAACGUCAUCAAGAUCCUAGGUCUGCAGUACAAGAAGAACUACACUGAUCCGGAGUCGCUCAAGACUCUGCGCUACGGCAAGCUCAUGAUCAUGACAGAUCAGGAUCAGGAUGGAUCUCACAUUAAGGGUCUUCUCAUUAACUUCAUCCACACCAACUGGCCCUCUCUGCUGCGCCACAGCUUCCUGGAGGAGUUCAUCACGCCCAUCAUCAAGGUGACCAACAAGAAGCAGGAGCUGUCCUUCUACAGCAUCCCAGAGUUUGACGCGUGGAAGAACAAGCAGGCCAGCAUCAAGUCCUGGAAGGUCAAAUACUACAAAGGUUUGGGUACCAGCACAUCGAAGGAGGCUAAGGAGUAUUUCUCCGACAUGGCCCGCCAUCGCAUCCCAUUCAAAUACAGCGGCCCGCAAGACGACGAGGCCAUCACCCUAGCCUUUAGUAAGAAGAAGUGUGAUGAGCGGAAGGAGUGGCUCACCAGCUUCAUGGUCAACCGACGCCAACGCAGAGAACACAACCUGCCAGAGGACUACCUGUACGGCCAAAACACCGCCUCGCUGUCCUACCACGAAUUUGUCAACAAGGAGCUGGUGCUCUUCUCCAACUCCGAUAACGAGCGCUCCCUCCCCUGCAUGGUGGACGGUCAGAAGCCGGGGCAGAGGAAGGUGCUGUUUGCCUGCUUUAAGAGGAAUGAUAAGAGGGAGGUGAAGGUGGCACAGCUGGCCGGCUCCGUGGCCGAGAUGUCAGCCUAUCACCAUGGUGAGGUGUCUCUAAUGAUGACCAUCGUGGGUUUGGCUCAGAACUUUGUGGGCAGCAACAACCUGAACCUGCUGCAGCCUCAGGGCCAGUUUGGGACACGUCUGCACGGAGGCAAGGACUCCGCCAGCCCCCGAUACAUCUUCACCAUGCUCAGCCCUCUGGCUCGCUUGGUGUUCCCCCCGAUGGACGAUAACCUGCUGAAGUACAACUAUGACGAUAACACGCGUGUGGAGCCGGAGUGGUACAUCCCCAUCCUGCCCCUGGUGCUGGUCAACGGCGCCGACGGCAUCGGCACCGGCUGGGCCUGCAAGAUCCCCAACUAUGACGUGCGCGAGAUCGUCAACAACCUGCACCGCAUGCUGAACGGAGAAGAGCCACUGCACAUGGUCCCCAACUAUAAGGCCUUUAAGGGAACCAUCAUGGAGGUGGCGACCAACCAGUACAUCAACAGCGGAGAGAUCGCCAUCAUUGACGACACCACCGUCGAGAUCUCUGAGCUGCCCGUCAAAACCUGGACACAGGCCUACAAGGAGAAUGUUCUGGAGGCGAUGCUGAACGGGACGGAGAAGGUUCCGGCUCUGAUCACAGACUAUAAGGAGUACCACACGGACUCCACGGUGCGCUUCGUGGUCAAGAUGACCGAGGAGAAGCUGAGGGAGGCCGAGGUCGCAGGGCUGCACAAGGUCUUCAAGCUGCAGAACCCCAUCACCUGCACCAACACCAUGGUGCUGUUUGACCACGUGGGCAGUCUGAAGAAGUACGAGACGGUGCAGGACAUCCUGCGGGACUUCUUUGAGCUGCGCAUGCGCUACUAUGUCCUGCGCAAGGACUGGAUGCUCGGCAUGCUGGGAGCAGAGAGCGCCAGGCUGUCCAACCAGGCCCGCUUCAUCCUGGAAAAGAUCAAGGGCACACUCGUCAUCGAGAAUAAACCUAAGAAGGAGCUGAUUCGCAUGCUGCAGGAAAUGGGCUACGACUCCGACCCAGUCAAGGCCUGGAAGCAGGCACAGGAGAAGGAGGAGGAAGAGAGUGUUGAGGAAGGCGAGGAGGAGAAGGAGGAAGAGGAGUCUGGUCCCGACUACAACUACCUGCUGAACAUGCCCAUGUGGUACCUCACCAAGGAGAAGAAGGACGAGCUGUGCAAGCAGAGGGAUGACAAGAUGACUGAGCUUAACACUCUGAAGAAGAAGCAGCCUACUGAUCUGUGGAAGGCAGACCUGGCUGCCUUCACUGAGGAGCUGGAGCGUGUGGAGGAACUGGAGCGCGUCGCGGCGUCGUCCGUGGUGACGCAGCCCAAAACGAAGGGCGGGAGGUCAAAGGUUGUGAAGAUGAAGCAGGAGACGAUGCCCACUCCUCAGGGUCGCCGUGUCGUCCCCCGCAUCACCAGCGGCAUGAAGGACGUCGCCGCCAAGAAGGGCAAGAAGCCCAGAUCCAAGAGCGAUGAUGUUGUGAUGAAGAUGGAGUUUGAGGAUGGAGCUGGAGCUGGAGAGAACGGUGAUGAGGAGGACGAGGCCGUGGGACUGGCAGCACGCCUCAGCAAGAAGACAAAGAAGGAGCCCAAAGAGAAAGCUGUGUCUAAGCUGGGCAAGCAGACCACGCUGCAGUUUAAGGCGUUGAAGAAAGAAAGGGAGAAGAAGAAGAACCCCUGGUCUGACGAGGAAGAUGAGGACGAAGAGCCGUCAGCGUCCGGGUCCGCCGGAGAGCCCAGCCCAGACAUCGCACCCAGAGAGAAAAUCCAAAGAGCCACUAAGACUGGUUCCAGUAAGUUUGUCUUCUCCAGCGAUGAUGAGGAUGAUGAAGAGGAUGCAGCGCGUGGUUCUGGGAAGGGUGGUAAGGGGAAGGCCGUAAUCAGCGAUGAAGAGGAUGCAGCGCGUGGUUCUGGGAAGGGCGGUAAGGGGAAGGCCGUCAUCAGCGAUGAUGAUGAUGAAGAGGACUUUGCACCUGAUCACAGUUUGGAAAAGGACAGCGAGAUGGACAGCCCCGCCCCCCCUCCCAUAAAGAAAACCGUGACCAAACCUGCAGGAAGCAAAGCUGUGUCCAAGCCCAGUGGAGUGGAGCCCUCCAAACCUCCACCCAAGGCCAAAGAGGCGGCGCCAAAAAAGCCUGCCGCUACCAAGAAGACCACUGCUGCCCCCAAGAAGAAAACCACAGACGUGAAGCAGCCUUCCAUCUUGGACGCUCUCUCCAAGCCCAAACCCGCCUCCAAAUCCACCAAGAAGGCCGCACCCACCAGCUCCAGCGACAGCGAAUCAAAGCUCUCUUCCAAAGCUGCCCCGCCUACUCAGAAGGCUGCAGCCAAUCGCAAGAGGAAACCAGUGCUGGACUCUGACUCCGAGAGCGGCUCCGAUGACCUCAUGGCCCGCAUCAAGGGCAAGAUGGGCGGCGGAAAGAAAACCAAGAAGUGGGAUGAUGAUGACGACGAGAGCUUUGCACUCCCUGCGGAGCCCGACUCCACUGUGGUCCAGAGAAGCAAACCCAGCCGGGCCAAGAAACCCACCACCUACAAGUUCGACUCCGACUCCGACUUCGGCUUUUAGUCCCAGCUUCUCCACUCUCCCUGUCCUGCGUUUCUGUUUGUUACCUUUUUAUACAUGUUUGUGUUGUCCUGUAAAUAUGCACUAUUUUGCAUGUUCUUUACCUUUACUGUUUUGAUACGUAUGAAUUUCAAUAAAACCUGAUAAUUAUUCCAU